UCUCACUUGUAUCCCCUCUUUCUUCAGCUCUCUCUCUCUCUCUCCGUAUCUUUCUUCUUUCAACCAGCACAUAUAUGACUGUUAUGUAGUGUGUGUCAUUCUUGGUUCUUCGAGUGAACCAGUUCUUCUUCCUGUGCGUCUCCCUCCGCCUCUCUCUUUCUGUCUCUAUCUCUCUAUCUGAUUUUUAGUUUUGACGAUGUUGGACUUGGAUGGUGGGUUCAAGAAGCGGUUUUUGCCUUGUUGUUUUCUGUUCUCCACAAAAGAAGCUCUGUUCUGGAAAAUCCAUUGCCUUCUUUGUUAGUUUCAUUAGCUUGGCAGACUACAUUUCUUCUUAGGGUUGGAGCUUUCUGUGUCAAGUUCGUCCAGUUACUAUUUUGUAGCAGAAUCUGGCAAUGAGUUAUCAUCCUUCCACUUCCAAAGAUCUUGCCAAGUUUAAAAUCAAGGAAAAGAAAAAUGUCCAUGUUCUUUAUGAUGUCUAACAACCAAUGCGACACAACUCCAGAUCUUUGUCUGAAGGAUCAAGGACAUCCUCCAUAUUCUGAAUCAUCAGUUCCUGCCGACAUGAUGUACCUUAGUUUUUCGAAUUCUGGUGCGUAUGCAGAUGCAUCAGCUGGCAGUACUCAGACACAGCAGAAUCACAAUGAGCUUCCUGUUGCCUCUACCAUUAUUUCGCAAGGCUUGACUGCAGGGAAUUCUGAUAUACUCAACUCAUAUCCUGGGGAUCAUGCUUAUAAUGCUUGGAAGGAUGGAAGAAACGAGAUGUUAUUUAUGCAGACAAUUGAUGGGUCCAUAAAUGUUAUGGAAGAUCAACAACAUGGUGAUGAUCCUCGGAUGAGUCUGCGGUCACAGUUGGGCAUCAUAAAUAGGCAGAGCUUGUCUCUACAGCAGUCCAGUGUUUCAGCCAUGCAAAAUCAAGGAUUAUCACUCAGCCUUAGCACACAAAUGCCAGUUCCUUCAAUCCAGUACCAGCCUAAUAGCUCAGAUAUAUCUUACAUUGGUUCUCAUCAGUCAACUUCUGGAAAUGUUAGGCCAUUCAGAGAGGAAGGCUUUCAGAAUAAAAGUGUGCAUGGAAAUAUCUCCCCUUAUGGACUUUCAAGUCUUGCAAGCUCAAUUUCAAAUUCUAAGUACCUCAGGGCAGCACAAGAAUUACUUGAUGAAGUCAUUAAUGUCAGGAAGGCUCUGAGGCAAAAAGCAGAAAAGAACCAAUGUCUCUAUACUUCUGCUGGUUCCAUGACGUGUAAGGAUGCCACUGGCGGAUCAAAUGGUGAAGGGAUGACUCCAAACCCUCAAGACGCCUCUGCUAAUUCUUCCAGUGAGCUCUCACCUUCUGAAAGGCAGGAUCUUCAAAACAAGGUCUCAAAUCUGUUGGGGAUGUUGGAUGAGGUUGAUAGACGGUACAAACAGUACCACAAUCAAAUGCAGAUAAUAGUGUCAUGUUUUGAUGCAAUUGCUGGUUGUGGGGCUGCUAAACCAUAUACGGCCCUUGCCCUUCAAACCAUUUCUCGGCAUUUUCGCUGCCUGAGGGAUGCCAUCAGUGGCCAAAUUCGAGCUACAAGGAAAAGUCUUGGAGAACCAGACAGUUCUAGUAAGAGUGUUGGGCUGUCUCGCCUUCGGUACAUAGAUCAGCAGUUAAGGCAACAGAGGGCCAUGCAGCAAUUUGGUAUGAUGCAACAGCAUGCUUGGAGACCACAGAGGGGUUUGCCAGAGUCAUCUGUCUCAGUUCUUCGUGCUUGGCUGUUUGAGCACUUCCUUCAUCCCUAUCCAAAGGAUUCGGAGAAGCUAAUGCUUGCAAGACAGACAGGCUUGACAAGAAGUCAGGUUUCGAACUGGUUCAUAAAUGCACGAGUUCGUCUUUGGAAGCCUAUGAUCGAAGACAUGUACAAAGAAGAAUUUGGUGAUGUUGAGAUUGACUCGAACUCUUCUUCAGAAAAUCCACCAAAACUGAAGGAAGACAUUCAAUCCUCCGAGGAUCAUGAAGACUUGCAAAACCAUGCAACUGGAAGAUGCCAAACAAGCCAGAUGAGUGACUCUUCAAGACCCAAUAUCAUCCCAGCCAUGGAUGUGGAUGAGUCAGCAGCUGGUUUCCAGAAUGGAACAGCUACACAAGACUCCUUUAUGAAUCUGAAAGCCAAUGACCAAAGAUCAAUUGGACAAGAUGCCAGCUUCUUACAAGAUGCUCUUGCACACCCAGACGGCAAUGGCAGAUUUUUAGCUUAUCAGAUGGCUGAGUUAGGCUGCUACGGAAAUGGCGGGGUGUCCCUCACACUGGGACUGCAGCACUGCGAUGUCGGCCUUCCUAUAUCGGACAAUCAGCAGAGCCUUCUUGCCAUGAGAGGGAAUGAUGGUUACAGUGCUGCUGUUCCAGCUGGGGCAGAUACAGCUGAUUAUGAUUACGCGAACAUGGGAGAUCAGCGACACCGGUUCGGGUCAGCACAUUUGCUGCAUGAUUUUGUCGCUUGAAUUGAUUUGUGUUGGUGAUGAUUGCUAAUGAAGUUUCUGAACCAGAAUAAUUUGUUCCAAAUUGCCUUCCUAGGCAUUGCUUGCAACUCUAUAGGAGAAAGUGAGUUAGCAUGGUGAUGUAACAUAAGAGGUGGUGGGAUUAUAGGGUAGCAUAUUGUAAAGAUAGAAGCAUAAUUUUUGUGUAAUCUAAUUAAUCCUUGUGUUUUGUAUACUAUAUGGAUGGCUUUGGCUCUGCAUACAAUUACACAAUUGUAAGAAUAUUUGAUUGUAAGAAUUGUGAGAAAUUUGGUAUUUUAUUUAAAUU